AUGGUCCGGCCUAGGAGACCUUCGUUGGUGGAGGACAUAGCGUCUCAGCCUGGGUUUGAGAGCAGCAGUAGCCAGGAGAAUAGUAAAUUUGGUGCAUUGUUUGCGGAUAGCUAUCUGCUCCAGAAAUUGGAAGCAUUGAGUGUUGAGCUGCAGAAAAACAAGGACAAUGUUGAAAUGCCAAAGUAUGACUUGUCCUCGCAGCCGACCAGCAAGUCGUCUGUGGAUGAUAACGACCCCUAUAUCACAUACAGAAAGUAUAUACAGCAAUUGGAUCAUAGUAUUGAAGGGUUCCAGAAGGUUGUCCAGAAGACGGAGGAAGUCAAUGGUAAAUUGGGCGAUGGACUGGACCAAUUCGUUAAUAUCUCAAAGAGAGCCGAUGGUUUUGUUGAUGAGACUAGAGAAAUUCAUGAGAAGAGAGACAAAUUGGAAGCUCAGAAUAGAUUAGUUCCCGAGCAAUUAAAAUACUUUGAGGCCCUAGACCCAAUUAUCCGUCGUUUGAAUCAUGCAACGUCCCCUUCGAUUGUAAGAAAGGAGUCAUUCAAGAAUAUGAUGGUCAAGAUUGAUAACUCAUUGGAAUAUUUGCACGAACACUCUGAUUUCAAAGAAGCAGAGACUUAUAGAAUUAAGUUUAAACAAUGUUUGAUUAGAUGUUGUGAUCUUAUUGUUCAUCAUUUAAAUUCUAUUGUUAAUAGGAUAUGCACUGAAAUCACAGAUGGCUUACAAAAUAAUAAGGAGAUAUCAGAAACUACUAGAGAGGUUCUGUUAUACAACAAAUUUGCCUCAAUUUCCGAAGAAUACACGAGUGAGAUCAAGUGCAUUAUAGAGAGACGUCAUAUGAGCACCUAUACUAGAUAUCGCGAUGAAUUGGAUUCAUUGUUAAAUGAGUGCUAUAAUCAUUAUUUCCAAGCGAGAAAGUCGUUAUUAGAUUCCAUUAUCAAAAAUAAACUGAAUGAAAUUUAUAAGUCAGAAGAACACAUACAAACAAGAAAAUUCAUAAGUGCCGAGAAAGACUUCUUUCAACAGUUGGCAGAGAAUGAGUAUCAUUUGUUUGUGAAAUUUUUCCCUGGUCCAGAGUCUAAGGAGCGUGGUAAUAAAUGGCUGAUUCAACUCUGUGAUCCAUUUUAUGAUUCUGUGAAGGCUAAACUUCUUAGAGAAAAUGAUAUUUUAACUAUUCGUGAUUGCAUUUUACUAUUCACUCAAUAUUACGAAUUUGAAGAAGAUUACGAAGAGUAUGAAAAUAUAUUUAAGGAUGUAUACUAUGACAAAUUAUUUGAGCCUGUGCUGCAAAAAUUACAAUCGAGAUUAAUCUUUAGAGCCCAGAAGUAUAUUGAUGAGGCCAUUGUAAAGUAUAAACCACCUAAGGGUGCGCCAAUGAUUACCAAUAGAAAAACAUCUGCAAAAUUGGAGUCUGAAGAAGAGAUGGUUGGAAUAUAUAUUGACGACUUGAAAAAUAGUGAAGUCAUCUCUCUACCAGAAACUGACUCGGAAGAGGAUGCGACAGAUAUUAUCUUGUCGACCUACUAUAUACCAAUUAUCAGAGCACUAGCUCUACUAUCAACGAUUUAUGAGAUGAUCAACACUGUGGUAUUUGAUGAUUUGGCACAUCAUGUUGUUAGAGACUGUCUGGUAUCUAUUGGAGAAGCAUUUAACCUACUAACAAGUGGAGAUGAUGUCAAUCUGGUUGAGUACUCACUGUCAUACCUAAGAAAUUUAUUGUUUCUGCGUGACCAGCUUCAAACUUUCAAUAUACAAUAUACUGUGAAUGAAACCUUUCUUGAUUUCUCAGCAGUUGGGUCGUUGUUCAGAAGAUCAAGUUCAAAUCUUGUCAGAGAAGAACUUCCAAAACCUGAUAUGGGAAGAAGGAACUCACAGCGUAUAUUAAGUGCUGCAAGAAAUCUGAUUCCAAAACUUGUUGUUAAUACUGUCGACUCGGGAUCAGAACUUGUUGAAGCUUUAAGAUUUGCAAUCAGAUCUUUUACUGAUAGAGCUUCAAAAAUACUAACACAAGAUUAUAUGAAGAUCUCGGACAUUGAAAUAGAAGAUAUUCUGGGUGAUAACGUGAAAUUAAGAACCUCUAUAGACACAAAUCUCCCUCGGGUUGUGCAAUUGAUCCAUGACUAUAUCUCGGACGAUGAAAUCGUCGAGAAUUUAUUGGAUGCCUUAAAAGAAGCUAUUCAAAUACAAUACCAAAAUUAUUACGACGAGCUUAAUAAUUUGGUUGAAAAUGGGAAAGUGGAAAAUGGUAAAGUAUUAGAGGUCAUGUAUCCUGAUACAUUCUCCGAGUAUUUGGCAACCUCAAUUAAGAAAGAGGUAGAAAUUCUUGAAAACAAGUAA